AAAAGUAAACUUAAUUUUUCACUUUUUCAACAAAACUGUUCAGCUAAACUGGCGUACCUUGUGGAUAAUCGUUAUCUUAAUAGUGUAGAUAGUCACUUUCUUGACCUUGUGAACGCAGAUUUAGAUGAAUUUUUGGCCUCGGAAGACAUCAAAAAGUGUGCCUUCUUGUUUCCUGCUGUAACCAGUUAUCACCGGUUCCUCAUCCAUCAAGCUGUAGAGGACUAUCCAGAGCUUACCACUUUCUCUAUCGGACUAGGGGAGGAAAGACGGACGGUUGUCUGCUCUAUCCAACUGAGGAGUGGAGACAUUCCCAAAGCCCCAAAUCCAAGGAAAAGAAGUCCAGAGUUGGAACUCCAGAGAGAAGACUUGAAGGAGGCCAAGAGGGAUUGCAGAGGAGACCGAUCUAUCGAGGGCAGAUCCUCUUGGGGUCUAUUUGGACAAGAGAAGUUAGAAGCCAAGAAGGAAGAAGAAAACAGGCAAAGGAAGGAGAAGAUGGAAACACCUCAAGAUGGGGGAAGCUCUGAUGUAGCAGCUCAACUAGCCAAAGAGAAAAACAGAAAAUCAAAGAGAGCUCCUCAACAACUCUAUGUACCAAAAGCAAGGAGACAAGAACCUUCUAAGGAGUCGGCGCAAAACAGCCAGCAACCAACAGAGGCUGUUGAGAAGCAAGAAGAGAUAUCUACACCUGGUGUCAAACAACAUCCUAAGAAAAAUGAGAAGAAGAAAGGACGAGAUGGGAACAAGGGAAAGCAGAGGAGAACAUCGGAAGAUGGGACAGAGAGUGGGAAUAAAGACCCGAAAGAGAAACGAAACAAAGGAAAGCACAACCGGAAAGCAGACUUGCAGAGAUACGCCACGAGACAAUCAAAGAAGAGUACAAGUGAAGAGGAAGAUGGUCAGCCGAAGGAACAAAAUGAAGAUGCAGGUUUAAGACCUAUGGAGAGGAAGAAAGAGAAGCAGGAGAUAGUGUCUGAGAAGCCGGCAGAGAAUGCAUCCCCGAUCCCUGAAGAUUGGAAUGAGAUUGAUUGCGAUGAGAAAGAUGUGACUUGUCAUCCAACAGGGACGAGACUCACUGCUCAUGGCAAACUUAUCCUAGUCGACCCUGAUGAUGAGACAACCCCAGAACCAUCAUCCCUCGUCAACCAAGAUCAGAUACAAGAAACCAAGGCUACGAACCCUGAGUCGCUAACAACACCAGGAGAUUCUGCAAACAAACAUUUUGCAGAGGACAAUAAUCCUGUAGAUACCGAGGGAAUAUCAGCAAGCAAUAAAAAAAAAGCAGAUAUUAGUGAUCUACCUGUUACAAUAACUGAUAAAAGUUCAAGUGCCUUUGAAACGAGCAAUAGUGAGCAAGAUGGAGUUAAAAUGGAAAUGAUCACAAACAAUGGUGCGGUUAAAAGUAGAACAAUUGAGGACGACACUGAAGUUAAGCCUGUUACAGUUGAUACUACAGCACCAGACACCAUGACAAGUGAAGCAACACCAGACGCCAUGCCAGAGCAGAACAACCAAGACAGAGUAAACACUGAAGGUGUUACUCGUCUCAGCUUAAACGAACAUGAACCUCUGAGUAAAGAUCUUGAACCUUCAAUUGUCCCACCCUCAGGCCAAACAGAUGGGUCUGACAAAGAAACUGUACAUCCAAAUGCCUCGGAUGAGCAUAAGCAGGAACUGCAGUCGGAAACACCCACCACUGAUCCGUCAAGGAAUGAGGAAGAGAAAAGCAAAGAACUUUCGGAAACAGAUGUUGAUAAAGAGAGCAAUAAUGUAGAUGAAGAGGAUGUGGACGAUUGGGAUACCAUGUUUGAUGAGAGCGGUGAUUGUCUCAAGCAAGAAGAGAUAAAAGAGAUAACUGAGGGCGUUGGAAAUGUUCAACUAACCGUCAAACAAUCCAAACGAGAUUACUACAACUACCAACCCAAGGACCACACGGACUAUUCAGAAUUUGAGCACAUUAUUGAGGUUUAUGACUUUCCAGUAGACUUCAAAACCCAAGAUUUAAUCAUGGGGUUCUGUACAAUGAAAACCAAAGAGAUGGACAUCAAAUGGGUAGAUGACACACAUGCAUUAGCCAUCUUCCCGUCAGUCAUUAUAGCACAAGAUGCCCUCUCUAACUCCAACCCAAUGUUCCGUACCCGUCCUCUGAUGCUUGCCUCCCGGGAAUCUAAAGAGAAAGCCAGACAUUGCCAAGAGUUCCUUCGUCCUGCCAAACCUCGACCAGAGACCUCCACCAUGGCUGCAAGGAGGAUGGUGUCUGGUGCACUAGGAAUCAAAACCAAUGUCUCCAAGGAGCAGAGAGCUGCCGAAAGGCAAAAGAUCAAAGAUGCAAAAGAUCGUAGACGGAGUGACAAGAAACAGCAGGAGGAUAUCUGGGAUGGUAACAUCUAAAAUAUAUAAAAAGAUUCAGAGUUUAAAGCCUAGUUCAUUCUUCCUCCGAAUGCGAAUGCAAAGCCUUUUUUUUUUUUUUGAGACACAAUAAAUGGUACGUGCUGUUUUUCCAUUUGUGACGCAAGAAUAUUUGCUUUGGGAGAACAUUUCGCAGGAAGUAUGAACCGGGCUUGAUGCACAUUGAAGGCACAUUUAUGGAUGCUGUAAGCAUCAUCAAAGAACAGAGUAGUUCUAUGUCUGCAUGAAUGUCUAUUUUUAUGAUAAAUUUUCAUUGCAUUAAUUUAUUAGCAUUUUUAAAUGAGGAUAAUACCAGUUGUUUAUCAGGGUGUAUCAGCAAUCACAAGUUAAAGGCAGUGGACACUAUUGGUAAUUACUCAAAAUAAUUAUUAGCAUAAAACCUUAAUUGGU